CUCUCUAGAAAGUGUGUUGUAUUUUCCUCUUUAUAUGUCGACUUCUCUACUAUUCAUGUAUUGUUGAGUUGAAGAUUUUGUGGAGGAGAAACAAAAAGCAAUCUCCUUGUUUGCUCAUAAUAUUAAGAGUUGGGUUUUUUUUUUUUCUUCCAAAAACACAGAAAAGAGAUCAAAGUUUGAGUCUUGAACAUCAGGAAGAGGACGAGAUAAUUCAGCUAGCAAAGUUUGAGAAAACUGAAAAUUAAGGCCCUGUUUGGAUUGGAUAGUUGAGGUUUGAAGGAAAUGGUUUUCAUGUUUGACAUUUUCUUUGCUGCGGAAGAGAAGGUUGAAGAAGGAGCUUGGGAGAAAGAGCGAUAGAGGAUAAACACAACAAACAAACCCAAAUUAGCAGAAGUUCAGAAGAAGAAAAUAACCAAAAAAGGAAAUAUUUGGUUUGGUUUUUGAUCUGCUUCUGCAGUAUCUGCCGGGUUACUAAUAAUGGCAAUGUCCGCAACUAUCAUCAGCAGCGACCCGGUUGUUCUACCGGCGGCCGCCGCCGCCGAAACUCAGCCAACACAAGCCACAACAAAACUCGUUUCCCAAAUCGAAAUCGAGUUCGUAAAAUGCGACUGCUGUGGAUUAACAGAAGAGUGCACGCCGGCGUAUAUUGAGCACGUGAGGGAGAGAUAUCAGGGCCAUUGGAUUUGCGGGUUGUGUGCAGAAGCUGUAAAAGAUGAGAUUGUUAGGUCACAGAAGAGACUGAUGAGCACGGAAGAAGCCAUGGCCACACACAUGAACUUCUGCAAAAAGUUUAAGGCCUCAGGGCCUCCUCUAAACCCUACCAUUCACUUGAUAUCCGCCAUGAGGCAGAUUCUCCGGCGCAGUUUGGAUUCUACGAGGGGGGGUUUGAGAUCAACUCCAAGUAGUCCUACAAAAAUUAAUGCAGGAAAAGGGCUCAAGAGGUCUGAGAGUUGCUUUCCGACUCUGACUGGUUGAGGAUAUUUGAUUAAUGGAGAAUAUAUAUUGGGAAUAAUGAUCAAUGGGAAAAAGUUUGGCAAAUUUGCAAUGUUAUUUGCUGAAAAGAAAAACACAGAAAGGAAAAGCAAGGAGUCUAAUUGUUAAGGGUUUAGAUGUUUAAUUUAGUUGUAAUUUAAUUAGUAUCGAACUAAUACAGAACCUAUUUUUCUUUCA